CUUAAUGGCGAAUUCAUGCGCAAUGCAGUGCUUCUCGCUUCUGCGACUCAUGCGCCACUCGUAAGUGGGAAUAUAUACAAGGACAGAAUGUUUCAAUUAACAUGGUUCCUUGCACUGUCUUUUAUAAUCAAGCAAACAAGCUGCGAGCUCUACACCGCCCUAGCAGAUUUAAAAGAAGUUCUCCACACAGAGUCAACUUUAAUUAACUCAUUGGAUCAGUACAUUCAAGCAGAACACAAAAAACUAGAACUAUUACAAAAAUAUUCAGAGAUAUAUAAGCAACAGCAUACUGAGGCAUCAGAAGAUAUAGAAAAUUACAUCGCGAACCCUAUCAAUGCUUAUAUAUUAAUUAAGAGGCUUACAACAGAUUGGCAGCAUGUUGAAUCUUUAAUGAACAUGCAACUUGGUCAUGACUAUUUAAAAAAUAUUUCCAUGUACAGGGAGUAUUUGAAAUUUCCCACGGAUGAAGAUUUAAAUGGCGCAGCGGUAGCUUUAACCAGACUACAAGAUACAUAUAAUCUUGAUACAUCUGCUUUAGCUCGUGGCGAGCUCAACGGGAUUAAAUAUAGUUCCGAAUUAAGUGCGGCAGAUUGUUUCGAAUUAGGACGACAGUCUUACAACAAUGGCGACUUUUAUCACACACAGUUGUGGAUGCGAGAAGCCGAUUCACGUUUAAAUUCUGAGACCAAUAAAACCGUUGAGAAAAGUGAUAUACUAGAAUAUUUAGCGUUCUCAACAUAUAAACAAGGAAAUUUACCAUUAGCUUUGGAUCUGACAAACAAGCUCUUGGAGAUAUUUCCUGCCCAUCCAAGAGCUUUAGGCAAUAAAGGUUUCUAUGAAGAAGAAAUGGAAAAACUGAAUGAGCUGAAGAUUAAAGGAGAUGAUGAAUCUGAAGAUAUACCAAUUAAUGAUGAGGUAUUUUUCUCGCAGAUGGCUCCACAAGUACAAUACCCAGAAAGAGAGUUAUACGAACAACUUUGUCGAGGAGAAGUUACAACCGACAUAGCUAUAACUUCAAAGUUGAAGUGCUACUAUACAAACAACAAUAAUCCAUUUCUAUUAAUCGCCCCAUUUAAAGUUGAAGAGGCAUAUCCUAAUCCAAAAAUUUUAAUCUUUCACGAUGUGAUGUCCGACAGUGAGAUUGAUACAAUCAAAAGAAUGGCAACACCGCGCUUUAAAAGAGCUACGGUGCAGAACUAUAAAACCGGGGAAUUGGAAACUGCACAAUAUAGAAUUAGUAAAUCUGCGUGGCUAAAGGAAAAGGAGCACAAGCAUAUCGAUGACGUUUGCAGGAGAGUUUCAGAUAUAACAGGCUUAACUGUAGAAACUGCUGAAGAACUGCAAGUGGUUAAUUACGGUAUUGGUGGUCACUAUGAACCCCAUUUUGAUUUUGCAAGGAAAGAAGAAACAAAUGCAUUUAAAAGCUUAGGAACUGGAAAUCGUAUUGCUACAGUUUUGUUUUAUAUGAGUGACGUACCUCAAGGAGGCGCAACAGUAUUCCCAAACAUAAACGCAGCAAUUUGGCCAAAGAAAGGUACAGCAGCCUUUUGGUAUAACUUACAUCCUAGUGGUGAAGGUGAUUUCAACACUAGGCAUGCAGCAUGCCCAGUUUUAGCGGGAUCUAAAUGGGUUUCGAAUAAGUGGAUUCACGAACAAGGACAAGAAUUUCGAAGACCAUGCGGUUUGGAACAAGCACCUCCAGAGUUAACAGCUUAAAUACAAGAAAUUUAGUGAUACUUGUGACAAGACUAUGAUAAUUUGAUGAGGAGAAGUAGGAUCGAAGUAAUAAUUACGAUAAAAUUUACCAAUUUGUACAAAGUUGAUAUUGUAUUGAGUGAAUGCUUGCCUAUUGUUCCUAAUAAAGUUUUUUAUAUGUAAAAUUA